AUGUCCCUUAACCCUCUCUACACCAGCAACGGGAUAACCGUGGACCCAGCGACGCCGGCGCUCACAGCGCGCCCGCUCCGCGUCGUCUGCAUCGGAGCGGGGUUCUCUGGCCUAACACUGGCUUACAAGUUGCAACACGAAUAUCGCCUCCCAUAUGUGGAUUUCAACAUCUACGAAAAGGACAAUGUUGUCGGCGGCGUCUGGAAUACCAAUGUCUACCCCGGCGUCGGCUGUGAUCUACCUGCGCACACAUACGUCUUCCCCUUUGCGCCAAAUCCCUCUUGGUCGAAGUUCUACGUUGGGGGCGGGGAAAUAAAGCAGUAUAUCCUCGACACGGUGUCAAAGUAUGAUCUAGACAAGAAUGUUAUUUUCGGCACUGAGCUUCUGCGUUCAACCUGGGAUGAGGAGAAGGGGAAAUGGCUGCUUCAACUGCAACGGGAUGGAAAAGAGAUCACCGAUGAAGCUGAUAUCCUGUUCAACGGUUCUGGGCUUCUGCAUCGCUGGAAGAUGCCUGACAUUCCCGGUGUCGAGACCUUCGGCGGCAAGAUAAUGCACACAGCUAAUUGGGAUUCCGGAUAUGACUGGGCCGGAAAGAAGAUCGCUGUUAUCGGGAAUGGAUCUUCAGGGUUGCAGGUAGUGCCGGGUUUGCAGAAGACAGCAGGCAGGAUCGUGAACUAUGUCCGGCGGCCGACGUGGGUUUCGUGUAAUAUCUGUCCAGAUGUCACGAAGGAUGGAAAGGGAAGUAAUUUUGAUUUUACCCCGGAAGAAAUCGAAAAGUUUAAGCACAAUCCCGAGGCAUUUUUGGAGUAUAGGAUGAAGGUUGAGCAUUCACUAAAUGAUGUCUAUCGCCUGAUGCUAUCCAACUCCCCAGGAAACAAAAUGCUCUUUGAGGCCGUGAGCGGAUUAAUGGCAGAACGCCUAAAUCACAACCAAGACCUUCUAUCCAAGCUGGUUCCCAAAUAUGCGAUCGGGUGUCGACGAAUUAGUCCCGGUGAUGGGUACCUAGAGGCCAUGCAGGAACCCAACGCAGAAUGGUGUUUCGACCCCAUUGAGCGAAUGUCGGAAAAGGGCAUCGUUACCGCAGAGGGUGAAAAAGAAUUCGAUCUCAUCGUCUGCGCAACUGGCUUCAACACCUCUUUUAUCCCGGGCUGGGAGCUUAUCGGCAAAGGUGGGCGACGACUCGAUGAGGAGUGGAAGAGGACGCCUAAGGCGUAUUUCUCGAUGUGUGCGGCUGGUAUGCCAAAUUUCUUUAUUUUUGCCGGUCCGAAUGCGCCGGUUGGACAUGGGAGUGUGCCAACGAUGAUUGGGUGGGUUUGUGAUUAUGCGAUUCAGUGGAUGGAGAAGAUUGCGACGGAGGAUAUCAAAUCUGCUGUGGUGAAGGACUCCGUGGUCCGCGACUUCAAUCGUCGUGCGCAGGUGAUGCUGAAACGCACUGUUUGGAGUUCGGGUUGCAGGGCGUGGUAUAACAAUGGGGAGACCGUCACGGGGCUGUACCCUGGCAGCAUGGUUCAUUUCAAGAAACUCACGGACACAAUCCGCGGCGAGGACUUUGAAAUUCAGUACAGAACCUCCGACCCCUUCGCAUUCCUCGGCAACGGCGAACUAGACUGGGAGCGAGAAGUGGGCUCAAAUCUCGCAUACUACUUAAAGUAG